GAGGGCCUGUGUGACGAUGAUCAGAUGUGAGAUCCACAGCCCUGCGCUGUUCAUCCGUCCUGCAGGGGUUGAGUAAAACCGUGGAAACUAACAAAACCAACCCCAGAGAUGAGCUCCGUGUCUCGCCGCAGCAGCCGUGCUCUCUCCUACACGGUUGUCAUGGUGAUGGUGUGCCUCUCCGCCUUGCUCCUGGCCAGUGUCCUGAUCUACCUGCAUCUGGACGCUGUGAAUGUGGAGGAGGAGCGGCAGGUGUUUCCGCAGGGUGGCUGUGAGGCUCAGCACUUUAAAAUCUCCACCAUGACGCAGUGCGUCCGCUGGCUGCCAUGCUCACGCAUCAACUCUGAAGUCCGCCGGUUGAAGCUGAUUGGACAAGGAGCUGUAAAGAAGAUCUAUCUGGCAGAGUGGAGAGCUCACAAGGUAGCUGUGUCCACGCUGUCCUCUCUGGAUUACCUGGAGGACUUUCUCCAUGGACUGUCCAUGUUACAGGCCCUGCCGGGCCCACAGGUGGUGCAGCUGGUGGGCUUCUGCGUGGAGAACCACACUCUGGUGACGGAGCACCACCCACACGGCUCACUGCUCAACUUGGAGCACGUUCUGUCACAGAAGCCGUUCCAACAUCACAACACGUGGCACACCCGCCUGCGCCUCGCCACAGAGUACGUCUCCGUCCUCCAUCGCCUCCACAGCAGCCCCGCCGGGACCCGAGUCAUGUGUGACUCCAACAGCCUGGAGAAAACGCUCUCCCAGUUCCUGCUGACCACCGACUUCCGCUUGGUGGUCAACGAUCUGGACGCGCUGCCCGAAGUGAACCCGUCCAGAGGUUUGUUGGUGAAAUGUGGCCACCGCGAGCUCACAGGAGACUUCGUGGCUCCAGAGCAGCUGUGGCCUUUCAGAAACACAGGGACGCCGUUUUCAGACGAUCUCAUGCCUGGUUAUGAUGAGAAGACGGAUAUCUGGAAAAUCCCAGACGUGACGCGCUCACUUAUGGGACAGGUUCCCGGAGGGGAUCUCGUCCACUUCCAUCUUUUCCAGGUCCAUGAGGAGUGCAAGAAAAAAGAGCCCAAGCUCCGUCCCUCAGCCCUGGAUGUUUUGAAGGUGUACAAGUCGGUGUACAGAGCCAUAGUCCGGGACACCUCAGGCUCCAGAGACAUGCUGUAAAGAGACCACAGCUGCGUGAGGAAGGAAAACAGUCCAUUUAUUUGUUUUUGUACACAAUAAUAAAGCUGCCAGAUUGAAUAACUCAACUUUGGUCAGAUUUAUUCAUCACAUUUUUGAAAUUCUUUGUCUACAUCCAGACUUUUCGGAGUUUGUCCCGGUAUGCCAGCUAGCCAGUACA